AUGAGGAAACGCCAACGAACGCCGAAGAAUGAUCGCGGUCGCGUGACCGGAUCAAGGAGCCGCGAGGACGCGCCACUCGGCGCACCGUUGAGAACCCGUUCAGAUCUCCCCGACGACAACAGCUACCUGCUGUCGACGAGUGGCAACCGCCACAUGGUGGCUUUUGCACCCCUGCCACAACCCGAGGAAUACCAGCUGUCGCAGCGUUUGUCUCAGCUGCUGCUCCACCAACGACUGAAGAAGAUCGCGCUUCAGUGCCGUUGCCAGCCGACACAGCUGGUGGCCAGCGCAAAAAUCCGCAGCACUCACGGGCAUCGCGAAUGGACGCGAUCCAUUGCACUGCAGAGCGUUGAUCUGCCCCAGAUAUUUCUGGUACUCGCGCAUAAAAUCGCGUCUUUCGUUACGUCGGGCUCGAAGACGAGCCUAAACCUUCCCCAGCAACGAAGCCGAUAUGCGCCUUCACGAGCCGACCACUCAGCGUCGUUUCACGAUGCUUACAUCCCAGACGCCAAACAAAACCUCGGGGCAGACCACUGCAGCUAUCCGAUCGCCACCGACGUCAGCGGGUCAGAGCAGCCACCACCGGCGCGUCAAGCCCCUUCCAAAUCCGUACCGACUUGA